GUCGUGCACGUCGCCAACAACGUCGUUGGCCCAACCUUGGCCAUCUCUUUGUCGUUGUCGUUGUCGUAUCCAAGAUGAGCUCAAAGCGGCCGUUGGAGGGCGGCGACGCCUCGGUCGCGAAGAAACUGAAAAGUGAUGCCACCCCCGCCAAUGGCUCGAAACCAGGGACACCGCUCUCUGCACAGGACCUCAUUGCGCAGAAGCGCGCCGAAAUUGCGGCUAAACUAGCAGCCAUGAAGCAAGGUGGUUCUGGCCUGGCACCUGCCCCUUCCCCCUCGCCUGCUCCCGCACGUCCGUCACCAGUCGUAACAGCUGCCCCGUCGCCUGCACCGUCGACGCCGACCGGUGGACGCGCAGAGCAUUCCCCGUCGCCAGGCUUGGAUCCCGACCUCGCGCGGCGAGUGGCGGAGGCGAAGCGUCGCGUGGCGGAGGCACAGAGCAAGCUGGCGGUGAAGGAUAAUCCUUACAUGUCCCUUCCAGCCAAGAAGGGGAGGCCUGCGCCGGAGCCUGCUCAGCAAGGCGCCGGUCUCAAGAUGGCUGCUCAUCCUCUUCUACUUGAUACAGCGCCGUCGGCGCCCCAAUCGAAGAAGGACCGGUACAAGCCCAUGCAGCCCAAGUUUGCUACUAUCAAGGCAAACAUCCGCAACGCUCCAACCCCCCCUCCUGCCCCGACUCCCGUUAUCGCGCCCGUCGAAACGAGUUCGAACCCGUACGCAGCCGCAGCCGCAGCUAAGGACCCGGUCUUUGAGGGCGCGCCCAAGGAACGCAUGGGCCGGAACUUCCGGUUCAACCAGAAGGGCAAGUACAUUGCGCUUGCGAACCAGAUGCGCCAAGAAGCGCAGCUCGAGGAGCUCAAGCAGCGGAUUGCCGAAAGCGCGCGCAAGGCGGGGCUGGACACGGAGUUCGAGACGCUCGAGAAGAAUAUCCGCAGGGAGGCGCCGCCCGACGUCGAGUGGUGGGACGCGGCCCUGUUGCCGAACAAGACGUACGACGAUCUGAGUCUGGGCUUUGAGAGACUGAAUAUUCGGAACGAGAGUUCACCGAUAACGAUUUACGUGCAGCAUCCGAUUCCGAUACCGGCUCCUGGGGAUAAAAAUAAGAGUCAGCUCAAGCCUCUGAAGUUGACCAAGAAGGAGCAAAAGAAGAUGAGGAAGCAACGACGGCAGGCGGAGUUGCAAGAUAAGAGAGAUCGUAUUCGUAUGGGUCUCAUCCCGCCGGAUCCUCCUAAAGUGCGCCUUGCGAAUCUCAUGAAGGUCCUUACUUCGGAUGCUGUGCAAGAUCCGACCAAGGUGGAAGCGCGGGUGCGCAGGGAGGUGGCCAUGCGCAAGCAUCAACACGAGAAGAUGAACGCCGAGCGGAAGUUGACGGACGAGCAGAGACGGGAGAAGAUCGAGAUCAAGAAGGCGGAAGAGGAGAAGAAAGGGCUGUGCGCUGCUGUGUUCAAGGUCAAGACUCUGUCCGACCCGUCGCAUCGCUUCAAAGUGCGCAAGAAUGCAGAACAGAUGAACCUUACGGGCGUCUGCAUCUUCCAUCCCUCGUUUUCGAUGGUCUAUGUCGAAGGCGCGGCGAAGUUUAUCAGGAACUACAAGCGGCUGAUGCUGCACCGAAUUCAGUGGACCGUCGCUGCACGGGCCCGCGCGGAUGACGAUGUCGCGACUGACGAAGAGGGUGGGGGCGAAGGUGAGGAAGGCGGCCGUGCGAAGAGUCGUGCGUUUACCCCUGCUGCUGAGGAUGGUGCGCCGGUGUCGCUCGAAGAUAAUAAGUGCGAGCUGGUGUGGGAGGGCCAGAUUAGAGAUCGGGUGUUCAGUAACUUCAAGCCGAAGAGCUGCCCCACGGAUAGUGCGGCGAAGGAGGUGUUGGGGAGUAAGUUGGCUGGUUAUUGGGACCAGACCAAGAAUUACAGGCCGCCGGAGGAUGAUAUUCUGAGCUCGUUGAUUGUGUGAGAUGUAGAGUGGAGGAAGGGCUAUAACCUCGUCGUUUCUGGUACGGACGUGUGUCUCUGUUGUGCCAAUGUGAUCCAUUUCGAGCAGGCUAUGUUAUUUACUUUUAUACCAUCAGUUCGAGCGGCUG